GUUGAUAAAAAGUUAGCUGAAAUGCGCGAUGGCUUCGCAAGCGGUUAUUUGUCAGUUGGUGAUACGGGCGAUUCGGCUAGGGAUUUUGAACAUACGUAUACCCUUCCACAACAGUCACUAUCGUUAGAUGCUACGAAUGGUCAAACUCAUCAGACAUCAUCUCGUAACGUAAACGACAUUCAACGAAAAACAUCUCCGAACAGCACUAUUCAAAAACCUUCUAUCAGCAACAGUAUUAAUGGUAAUAACAAAUAA